AUGAUUAAAUUUGUUGGAGUAAGAGAAUUAGAUACCAUAAACCUUAUUAGCCAUUUACAAUUAAAUUGGAUAUAUGUUGGUGAAUAUGUGAAUGGAAUCAAAAAAGGACACUGGCUUACUAUUUUAAAUGGGACUAUUAUUGGAGGCGGUAAUUUUGAUAUGUAUGGUAUGAAAAAUGGGAAAUGGAUAGAUGUUAUUAACAAUUUCAAUUCAAUGAAUUAUGUUGCUGAAGUGGGAAGUUAUUUCAAUGGAAUUAAAAUAUAAUAAUGGGACUAUGUUUACAGAGGAUAAACGAUUGGUGGUGGAAUUUAUACUGAUGAAGGUCUUAAAAAUGGAGAAUGGAUAGAGUUAAAUGACAAUUUCAAAAGAUAUAUUGAUGUUCUAUGCAAAGGUGUUUACCACAAAGGAAUCAAAUCAGGAAAAUGGAUAACUACUUAUAAAGGAGAGAGAAUUGGAGAGGGAUAAUAUAAUGAAUCUGGGUAUAAGAUUGGCAAUUGGAUUGAGUUGGAUCAAUAAUUUAGAGAAUAGAAACAGGUGAUUUACGUUGGAGAAUAUAAAAAUGGAAAAAAAUAAGGAUAAUGGAAUAUUAUGAGAUUUGGAAAUAUUAUAGGAGGUGGUUAAUAUAAUGAAGAAGGAUUAAAGAAUGGUAAAUGGGAGGAUUUAGAUAGUGGUUUUUGCAAUAUUAAGCAGGUUACUUAUGUUGGAGAAUAUAAUAAAGGAAUAAAGUCAGGUAAAUGGGAAGCUAUUCGUUUUAAAUCAAUUAUAGGUAAAGGGGAAUAUAAUUAAAUUGGAUAAAAAAUAGGAAAAUGGAUAGAUUUGGAAGACGAUUAUUACAAGUUAAAAUUUAUUUCAAAACAGAUGAUUAAAUCUGGGAUUUAUUAGGAUGGGAAAAAAUAAGGACCAUGGGAUAUAUACUAUAAAGGAUUAAUUAUAGGUGGAGGUCAAUAUGAUUAGAAUGGCACAAAAAAAGGAAAAUGGAUAGAACCAAUAUAAAAUUUUUAUAGGUUAAUUAAUCUCCUAACUUAGUUUAAGGGAAAUACUUCAAGAGGGAAUAUAUACUCAAGGUCAAAAGAGUGGAAAGUGGAAAGCACAUUAAAAAAAUAAGAGUUUGUAAGUAAUUAACAACUACGUUAUUAUAAAAGAGGAGGAGGAGUAUAUAAUCAAUAGGGAUUAAAAAAUGGGACAUGGAUAGAUUUGGAUGAUGAUUAUUAAUCGUAUCCUUAAUAACAAUUUUAUAGAUUUAGAUAGAUCACAUAUAGUGGUUAGUAUACUAAUGGAAAGCAGAUUGGAAAAUGGUAUAUCUCCUAUAAAGGGGAUAUC